AUGAUCUUUGACCCUAGCGCAAUCGACCUCCCACCUUCUUACGAGAAGGUUCAAACAACUGGACAUGUCGUCGUCUCACAUUAUCCCCAUGGUGCACCGACAGCUACACCGGUAGUCGUUGUCACACUCAACCGGCCUGCCAAUCAGAAUGCAUUCACUGGGCAAAUGGUACAAGACUUCGAGAAGCUAUUCCCAAUGUUCGACGUCGAUGAGCGGGUGAAGGUCAUUGUUUUGACAGGUGCUGGGAAGACAUUCUGUGCUGGAGCCGAUCUCGAUAUUGGCUUCGGCGGUGGUAGAAAGAGAGAGGAGAGAUGGGCAGAUCAUCGUGAUGGUGGCGGACGAGUGGCGCUCGCUAUUCACAGAUGUCGCAAGCCUACUAUUGCAGCUAUGCAAGGCUCAGCCGUGGGAGUCGGCAUGACUAUGACUCUGCCAGCAAUCAUUCGAAUCGCCUACGAGAAGGGAAAAUAUGGCUUUGUCUUCGCCCGCCGAGUCAGCACGGGUGGCGUGUUCCCACCGACAUCCAAGCACUUCGGCGAUCUAUUCAAUGAGAUUUUACCAGAUCCGUCGCAAGUUCUACCUCGUGCUAUCGAGCUGGCGACAGAGAUUGCGGAGAAUGUGAGCCCUAGUGCAUCAUAUCUGAACCGGGCACUUAUGUGGCGCGACACUGGGUCUGCAGAGGCUGCUCAUAUUGUUGAGUCUCAUGUUAUUUAUCAUAUGUUUGCUGCUCCGGAUCAGAAAGAGGGUGUCACUGCUUUCUUUGAGAAGAGGAAGCCGAAUUUCAAGGCCAAUCUUGAUGAUAACCCGCCGCCUAAUGUGCCUUGGUGGACUGAGGUUGAUACUGGACGGAAUCCGAAAGCUAAGGUUUCUAAGCUAUAG